GUUUGGGGUAGGAGUGGGGUGUACCGGUAGGUGAAGUGAGCAGGAAAGAGGAGGAGGAGGAGGGGUAAGGAGCAGGUGACGUGGUGUGAGUGAUGGCGUGCGGAGCGCUGGGCGGGGCGUGCGGACGCGGAUCGGUUGAAGGCGAUGGAAGGGGAUGAUACUUUCCUCCUUGGAUGUGCGGGUGAUCCAAAUAGGGAGGGGGUGCGCAGUGGUAGUAGGGGUUGCUCCUGGGGGCUCCUUGAGUGGGCUUCCUGGCUGCUUCCUCCAUGCAGCAGCUGCUGCAGCUGCUGCUGCUGACUUGCAUCUCGUCGGAGAGGAGGAAAGACGACUGUGGCAUCCGUGUGAAGGGCGCAGCUGUGGAGUGCUUGAGGAGUGUGUCUUAUGAGCCCCGAGAGAAAGCCUUUCCUUCGCUUCUGGUAACAAUUGCCUGCAGGGGGACCCUUGGCAUUGAGCUGGAGUGUUAGGGACCUGGCUAUAUGCUCUCGUAGGGCCCAUGAAGGCGGUCAACGACGACUUCGACAGUUAUAUGGGAUUGACUGUGGAGGAGUAUGGCUUUGUGCAUAAGUCGAAAUCUCGUCAAGCGUUGUAACAGUAGCUCUGUCUGUGUGGCUCCAGGCGCUCUCGAACUAGAAGGCUGCAAUCACAACCGCCACCGCAACGGAACCAGCUAACCAAGGUUGUUUCAGUAUCAUGCAUAUAAAUGCUUACAAAAUAAAAUGCAAGAACGGCUUCAGAGUUACUGGACGAUACUUCAUCGGCCAGUCGUCAACCGCGUCAACCACACGAUUAUCGCUAACCACUCCUUCAGCAAAAGGCUUAUCUUCUGCAGCAGUAUACCUACGUUCCCCUCAACGUAUCAAACGCGACGGCCAGAUUCUCUAGCGCACAGUUUUGUAAGCUUACAUGCUAGGACUGUCGCUGCCAAACGCGGAUGGCUCUGCAAACGCAGAACGCAUUAAAUGUCUUUCGCGAACAACUGCAAUGUACAAGUCGUAGUAGAUAUGGGUUUAUGGCGACAGGGCGUUCAGCCCUGUCUCAUCGCUUGCAAGCUCCCAAUGCGGAGCCAAGGAGCUGGUCCUGCCGUCAUUCCCGGCGACAGCUGAGCCGAAGAUGCGUCGCGUGUUGCAGCCAGAAGGACAGAAAGGGUGCAACACCGGGUCCUGACAACACAACCAACCUGCUAGCCCUGGGCGCCCUGGUGUUGGCAGGAGCCGCAACGUACGGAUACCCCCUUGUGGCGGACAAUGUCGAGGACUUCCUGUAUUCAGUGGACGCUCUCACGGCACCCAACGGAUUCGGUUUAGCUGACCUGCUGGCUGGCCUGCUGUGGGGUACCUCGCUGUACUUCGCUUCUCCGCUGCAGCAGCUGCUGCUGUUCAUUGGCCGCAUUGAAACACAGCGACCCAGCGACUGGCUCAUCCUGCUGCUGGCUCGGAGGCUGCUGGGAAUGCGCAUUCGAGAUGUGAACGAGGCUCCCGGCUGGCUAGCCCCCCUAGCUGCCGCCGUGUGCCUUGCUAGCGGUCUGGGUAUCAGCUUCACACUGCAGGCCACCCUAGGCGACAGCACGUGGGCCCUCUCCACGGGUCUGGGUGCCUGCAUGGCAGCUGGGGUGUACGAGCUGGGCCGCCCCGCCCGCUUCAGCCGGAAAGAGGCGGAGCAGGUGGACCGACAGUGGCGCGAUUUUGUCGCCUUCGCCGACGCUCGUCUGCAGCGCUCGGGCCGUUGCCAUGAGAGCGAGGUGGCGACCGCCUUCCGCCGCCAGCAACCCGCCUACCGCUCUCCGGACACCCUGCCCGACCCCUUGCUGCGCAGCAUGAUCCGCAACUGGCACCCGGGGGCGGACCGCACACCGAAUGGCUACUACCGCAACCUGUCGUUGGUGGCGCGGGU